CUCUUCUUGGGAGGCGGAGGCAGGUUUGAAAUAGCCGGAAGGGCUCGUGCUGCUCCGCUCCCGCGAGCGGCCGGGGCGGGCGGCUCCUUCCCGUCAGGUGCUGAGGGCGGAGAUGGCCACCAAGCAGCUGGCCCGGCAACUUGGAUUAAUUAGAAAAAGUUCCAAAACUUCCUCAAAUGGCAAGAAUCAGACUAGAAUCAAGUCAAGUAAGUUGGCAGCUGUUUGACUAUUUAAUUAUUAUUGACUUUGAGUCUACGUGUUGGAAAGAUGGUAAAUAUCAGUACAGCCAAGAAAUAAUUGAAUUUCCAGCAGUUUUGUUAAACACUUCAACUGGAGAGAUUGAAUCUGAAUUCCACAUGUACGUCCAGCCUCAGGAACAUCCAAUUCUUUCUGAAUUUUGUACUGAACUAACUGGCAUAAAGCAGAAUCAAGUUGAUGAAGGGGUUCCUCUAAACAUUUGCUUAUCACAAUUUUCUAAGUGGAUUCAAAAGAUGCAAAAGGAGAAGAAAAUUAUUUUCAAUUCAGAUGUUUCAAGCCAUUCUGUUUCUGAAGCAAAAUCGAGUACCUUUGUUACUUGGUCAGACUGGGAUCUGGGGGUUUGUUUGCAAUAUGAGUGCAAAAGGAAGCAGCUGCGAAAACCUGAUAUUUUAAACUCCUGGAUUGAUCUCAGAGCAACAUACAAGCUCUUCUACACUAGAAAGCCAAAAGGGCUAAAUGGUGCUUUACAGGAUCUGGGGAUAGAAUUUGCUGGACGGGAACAUUCUGGGUUGGAUGAUUCUCGGAAUACUGCCCGUCUUGCUUGGAGAAUGAUCUGUGAUGGAUGUGUGAUGAAAAUUACUAAAUCUUUGGAUAAGGUAUAUCCAAAGAAGAAUUCAGUGUCCAGAUCUUUGAAUGUGAACUCCAUUGAAGAGAAUCCAUUGGGAAAUAAUGAUGGUGCUGAAACUUCAGAUAAAGAUAGAAUUUUUAAUAGCAGCUGUCUAGCUGAGACUGAACACAAUAAAAUUGAUAAAAUCGUUGUAAAGCCCAAUGUAAAGGGAAAAGUCCAGCAAGAGUCCAGUUCUACAAGUUCCUCUGCAAAUGUCCAUGUUGGGUCUAGAAGCAGUACAAAGAUUGAUGAAUGUGGUCAAACCCAAAGCUGCUUACCUCCACAUAUUGGCAGACUUCCUGUUCCCUUUGGACAGCUACAGGCUUCUCAUUGUAAUUUACCGACAGGCAUCCAGAAUGGAUUAAAUAAUGGACAUCUUAUUUCUACUUCCAAGUACAACUCUUCAGUACUUGGUUCAGGGCUAGUGCUUGUCUCCACUACUAUUUCCUCUGUUAAUAUCUCUAAUGUAGAUAUAAGUACUAGUUCUGACUGUUUAUCUAUGUUGGCUGAUUGGGAAGAUGUAGCUUUAAUACCAGAAUCACAGCAUGAAGAAAAUACUGACUCUGUGAGGCUUAAAGAUGACCCAAAUACAGAGACUUCAUCAGUCCCUGGAGAAGUGAUGGUUCUGAAAGAACCAGCUAUGAUGAAUUCAGACUUUGAACGUUUGGGGCAAUUGGAGGCUUCUAAGUCUAUUGUGUACAAAAGUCCUAAUACUACUAUCUAUGAUGUAGGAAUAGCCCAAAGGCAAGCUUUAAAUUGUUCUGCUUUUAAGUUACCAUCUGCGAAGGUAAAUGCUACUUUAUCAAGUACAGUAUUAACUGGAAAUCAUUCCACCCCUUUCCUUCAGACUCCUAAAAGGAAACCAUCUAGUCCAAAAACUUUACCUCCAUCAAAAAAACAGUCAUUCACUGUACAUGAAGAUGAAGCUGCAUCUUCUGAUCAGCCCCUAUCUUUGAGAAAUUCAAGUUCAUACAAAGUGCCUACUGUUCUCUUAAACUCCACAGUCAGCCUGAACCAAUCUUUAAAAGCUGUGAAAAGUGACGAACUGACUCCACCCUUAUGUAACUGUGGUCGAAGGGCUAAAAGACUAAAUGUAUCCAGUGCUGGUCCAAAUCAUGGCAAAGUAUUCUAUAGCUGUCCUGCUGGAAAACAUGAAAGGAAGAAGAGAGGCUGUGGAUACUUCAAGUGGGAGCAUGUACUUCUAAAGGAAAAAUCCACAAACACUAUUUCUACUCUUUCAACUACUGCAGUUGGUUCAACAUCUCCUGGAAUAAACUCAGAUUUUUCAGGAAAUUCUCACAGGAAAUAUCCAGGUCUCAGACCUUCUAUGAGAACUUGAAUGUUAAUUAAUUUUUGUCCAACUCUUAACGUAUGCUAAGUGGUCACUGAUAGGACGAAAAAAGAUAAGCAAAUGAUGCCACAGAUUUCAAUUUUAUGAGGAUUGGGCAUAAGUGACAUUGCUGGGCUUACUUCAGAUCAAAAUAGAACUCGUGAAGCAUAAGUGGAGACAGUCAGACAGACAUUAAUAACUUGAGAAAAUUGGAGGAGGUUAGUGUGACCUACAUGAAAUUAUAAGCAGCUGGUAUCCCAAGUUUUAAUAUUUUUAUUCUCUUAUCAGGUAUUUUAGAUUUUUUUUUAUCAGCCCAAUCCUUAAAUAUCAGUGUUAGUGAUACAAAUUUUGUUUGUGACUACAUUUUUCUAAAAAUACACCUCUAUAUAACUAACUCUUUACAGUGUAUGCGUAUGUCUUUAACCCUUUCUGUCUAAGAAAUGAUACUUGAAGCAGUAAUGAUGCUUUUAAAAUUAUUUUAUACAGUCUUUAUUACUGAAAUGAAAUAAAGAUAAACGUAAAUUCCUGUGACAUUUUGAGUAAAUAAACUUAAAAGUACUAUA